CAGUGGCAUUUGCUGCUGACUGGAUUUCUGUUCCUGAACACUGAAGAAAACAGCCGCACUUUCUAAUCAUCAUGCUUUGUAGUGUGAGAUGUUGUCACUGAGUCUUCUGGAACCUUCUUAGAACCACCAUGAACACCUCACACUUUCUGACCUUGCUCCCAGGAUCCUUGCAGGCUCAAAACAGGAGCAAGUCAAAGAGCAUCCUGUACAACUUCUCGGACCACUGCCAGGAUUCUGUAGACCCUACAGUCUUCAUUGCCACCUCCUACAGUAUCGAGACCAUUGUUGGGGUCCUGGGCAACCUCUGCCUGAUGUAUGUGACCAUUAGGCAGAAGGAGAAGGCAAACGUGACCAACCUGCUCAUUGCCAACCUAGCGUUUUCAGACUUUCUCAUGUGCCUCAUCUGCCAACCACUCACGGUCACUUAUACCAUCAUGGACUACUGGGUCUUCGGUGAGGCCCUUUGCAAGAUGUCAGCCUUUAUCCAGUGUAUGUCAGUAACUGUAUCCAUCCUCUCUCUUGUCCUCGUGGCCCUGGAGAGACAUCAGCUCAUCAUCAACCCAUCAGGCUGGAAGCCCAGUAUCUCCCAGGCCUAUCUGGGCAUUGUGAUUAUCUGGCUCAUUGCCGUAUUCCUCUCCCUGCCCUUGCUGGCCAAUAAUGUGCUGGAGAAUGUCUUUCAUAAGAACCACUCCAGGGCUUUGGAAUUUCUAGUGGACAAAGUAGUCUGUACUGAGUCCUGGCCCCUGGCCUACCACCGCAUCAUCUACACCACUUUCCUGAUGCUCUUCCAGUACUGCAUCCCCUUGGCCUUCAUCCUGGUCUGCUACACACGCAUCUACCGGCGCCUGCGGAAGCAGAGGCGGGUGUUCCGCAAGGGCUCACGGGCCUGGCAGAUGAAGCGGAUCAAUUGGGUUCUCCUGGCCAUGGUGGCCACUUUUGCCGUGCUCUGGCUGCCUCUGCACGUGUUCAACAGCCUGGAGGACUGGUACCAUGAGGCCAUUCCCAUCUGUCACAGCAACCUCAUUUUCUUGGUGUGCCACCUGCUCGCCAUGGCCUCCACUUGCGUCAAUCCUUUCAUUUAUGGUUUUCUCAACACCAACUUCAAGAAGGAGGUCAAAGCCCUGGUGUUGACUUGUCAGCAGAGCACUCCAGUGGAGGAGUCUGAGCACCUGCCUCUGUCUGCAGUGCACACAGAGGUCUCCAAAGGGUCUCUGAGUCUCAGUGGCAGGUUCAAUGCCAUUUAGCCAGGUCUAGUUUACCAGGUCUAGUUGCCAUGUUUACUGCCAGGCUUCUUCACGUAGCUACGUGGGCAAACUGCAGACUGGGCGUGGCGCUCCAUCUUUACUGGCUUUCUGGGGUUCAGAUGGAGCCCAUUUUGGCAUCUGUUUGCAUCGUGAAGCCUGACACUCAGAUGGCUCAGCCAUUUGUUCCUGGGAGGAUUCUGAGUCUGGAUUCUGCAGGCCACACUGCUCCAUGCUGUUUGAGCAGAUGCCAGAGCUUAACACAGGCAGAGUUCAUUCUGGUAACUCAGCAACGAUGCUUUGUGUGGAGACUCAGGGGUUUCACUCCCACCGGUGAGAUGGUGAGGGCACUGAGGGCGGGCGAGUGAAGGGGCUGUGGCUUGGUCAGCCCCUAGCCUCUGUGAGAAGGGAUAUUUGUGGAUGGGCUUUGUGUGUGAAAAUGAAUUCUCUGGAGACAGGGCAAGAGGAUCUAUGUUUUAUCAUUAGCAUAGCCAACUGCAAGCAACAGCUCCUGGUAGCUUUAGGUGUUCACACUCUGAAAAUCUGUCGUGAGCUGCAGAAAUUCAAGAGUCAACUCUGCUCCUUUUUGGUUUUUCUGAUCUUUAAUCUUGGAUAGAGAUAUGCUGCCAGUGCCUUUCCUUGAUGAGAUGGUGAGCACUUUGAGGGGACAGCUGUGUUCUUAUAGCUCUGUGUCCUCCAUGUCUCGGAUGGACCCUGGCAUGGGGUGAGCUCCUGAGGUUUACCAUGGCAGACUGAGGCGCCCUGCUGAACCCUCGGCUGAGCAUGGGUGCUCUGUGUGUUCCGUGGUCCAGCACGGGAAGGGCUCAUGCCACUGCAGCCAUAUUCUGUUGCUUGCCUAGGACCUCUCUGAACCAGGCAACUGGCUAGGGACUCUGUGACACUCCCUGGUGUUGACCCCGCAGAAGCCAAGUACUCAUGGCCUCCUUCCUUCCAGAUUCUUCAUGGAGCUGACUGGCCCUGAGUGAUGUGUCACUGUUUUUCCAAACCUUGCCAGGAGUUUGGGCCUCUUAGUGGUCUUCAGUAGUGGCAGGAGGAAGAAACCCUUGGAGUGUGGUUUAAUGGGACCGUAAGGAGCCAGAAAAAAUGGGGAAAGUGCUAUGAUAAGUAUAAAUAUCCCCUCAGGGGGUUAUGGUCCAGUCUUCUGGAUGCUGAGCUGGGGCCAAGGUUUCAUCUGUGUGCACACAUGACAACCUGUCCUUGCUGGGCAUGGAAUGCCCAGGUUACUCCUGGGCCAUUUUCAAUGGGAUAUUGAGCCUGGCUCUGCCUGCUUAGACGCCCCGGGGACAAUGCCUGGCCCCAUGAUAGCCUCCCAAGGCAGGAUGUUCAGCUGCCCAGAGCCCCCGAGAAACCUUACUGUGAGGCUCCUAGGGCUGGCUGCACCAGGAGAUCCGGCAAAGGGCCAGGCAGCAGGCGCCAUCUCUGACCGUCUCUCUGGUCUGGUCCUUGAUCAAAAACAUGUGCAACUGAUACCCUAGACAAAUACUUUUUGAGCCUGGAGAUGGGGGGCCUUAGGCCCUUUGGGUCCCAUGCAAUUGCCUGGAGUUUGUGGCUCAUCACUCAUCUCAGUGCCAGAACAAGGGUACUAGCAUGCUGUGAACUGAGGGGCCACGCUGGGAGUCUAGUGGAGGUGCUUGGCACUAAGAAUCGGGGUAGUGGUUGGAAAGCUCACGCAGCAUCUUCUGUGCUCCUUCACCUUGCUCAGCCUGAAACAGCCUGCCCGGCUGGCUCUCUCCUACUCCUGGUUCCUAACGAUCCUUGGGCCACUAGGUUACUCAGCACACUUCUCAAAGUAUGCUCAGAUCAGCAGCCUCAGCCUCACAUGGAGGUGAUUAGACAAGCGGAAUCCUUCCACGCCAGAACUAUUGAGUUGGAAUCCAUAUUUUAUCUGUAUUUAGGUUAAUACAGAUAAAUACACAUUCAAGUUUGACAAGCCCCGCUCUAGGGAUCUGAUUGCCUUGGGGUGGGGAGCCACCCUGGAGCACCUGUGGACACCUGAGAAACUUUAACUCAGGAGCGAGGUUUAAAGUGGUGGUGAUGAAAAGGUGGAUUCCCUUUGGCUGUUUGUUCUCAUCUCUGUUCACAUGUGGACACGUUUCUUGUGAAGCCUUUUUCAUUCCUGCAGUAUAUACUUGACAAAUAAACACUUUGCCUAGUUAUAUUCUCGGUGAACUUGCCUUUCUUUAUUCUGUUCUGUUUCACUAAAAACUGCACCACCAGCAUUUUUCUGUCUUGCUGGAUGUUAUUUUUGACAGCUGAUUAAGAA